GCUAAAUUUUAUUAUCAAAAUCGCAAACAGGACUUAGUUUAAACAUAUUAUGCGUUGUGUUCAAGACAUGAAAUACCAAUAUUUUCAUAUUGACCUUUGCUUCAUGCGCUUCUCAAUACUGAACUGCCAAUCAGAAAUGCAAAACAACUCAACAGAACACGCCUAUCGAUGAUUUCAAUUUAAUCUGUAUGCAGACACUUAUGUUAUCUGCCAAGGACAUUAACAACAGAACCAUUGGAAUAGCUUGAUAUCAGUUUUGAAUUAGACACCCUAAUUCAGUACAACAGGGCAUAAACUCGGCUGAGGACAUUUUCCCGAUCAUGGCCAGUAGGGUACCAGUAUGUUCCUGUCCAACACCAACUACAGACAAGGGUAACGACCAAAACAGACAAGGGAAACUGAUGAGGCUGAGGAAGUGGAGACUGCUUAUCCGCCUUGUAAUAGGCUUGAGCCUUGUAGGAAUGUAUGUGUACAUUAAUUUACAGAGCUUUGCCUACUAUACAAACAGGAUGUGGGCUCCAGUAGUUUCUUGUCAGAACAGCAAACUAGAAAUGGAUCAGCUGCUGGAAAUUACAUACAAAGUUCACAAAAUAUUAGACGACAUGAAAAUUCGGCAUUGGUUGAUGUAUGGUUCCAUUUGGGGAGCACGUCGUAUCGGCAAACCGCUACCAUGGGACAAUGAUGUCGACAUUGGAUUUGAUGGUGAAGGAAGAUUUGCAGAUAUGACCUUGAGUGAAUUUCUCGCUCCUUUUACGGCAGCAGGUCUUAAAGUAAACAACAAGUGGAUGCAGAGUGGAACCAUAGUAAUUCACAAAGAGGAUUUGUGGUUGUCUGUGGAUCUGUUCGCAUUCUACAAUCAUGGAGGCACUAUGAGGAGGAGAGGGCUUGAGGCAUGGUUUUUUGCUCUCAAUUACAGGACAUAUCACUCAUUUCCUGCGUGGCUGGUGGAACCAGAACUACCUCAAGUGAAAUUUGGAUUCUUCAAUAUCUCCAUCCCUAAAGGAGGUAAUGAGAUUUUGAAGCACUUGUACCCUUAUAACUGGUGGAAAGAAGUACGCCCUGGUGGGUGCUGAGCUUGAUAUAAUUUAAAAAAGAAAUAGUUUCCAGUAAUAAGUUAUUGUUAAGGUUAAAUUAUGGAAUUUUAAAUAGAUGUUUAAAGAUGUAAUUUUAUUACACUGCAUAUAAAUUUGCAAAAAAAAAAUUACUCAAGAUGUUACAACGUUUACAGCUUACAUUUUCUAGGAGGGAUUUCUAUGUGUCUUUUACACGAAACUGAUUAUAGUAUUACUUAGUUGAUAUCUUGCAGGGAGUUCUUAAGAUAGACCCAUUUCUUUUUUAAGAAUUUUGUUAAAUGCGUUUUUUGUCAAGUGCCAUUUGUUUUGCGACCUUCUUAGAAUUGAUAACUGCUAAAACUGCCUAGCCAUAUUUCAUGUGAAAUGUUUCAGCUGUUUUUCUGAAUAUUUCUCAUUUUGUAUUAUUCUGUGUUGCAGUUUACAGAAACAAACUGCAGUUGGUGAUCAAUACUUUAGUUCUCAAGACUUGCAGAUUGUGAAUCAAUAUUUUAUUAAUAGGAGAAAUUAGAUGAUGAUCUUAAUAACAAAGAAAGCUAUUGGUGAUAUUUGCACACACAAUUUGAAUGCACACAAUUUUUUAGUGGUCGGACUGCUGCCUUUUUACAUGUAUUUGGAACAGUAAUUAUUAACCUGAGAGGACACUUACUGAUAGUAUAGAUGGCAAAACCCAUUUUAUGAGCCAAAGUUGAGCCCAGCAACAGUAUAACUAUGUCCCAACUCCUUGUUGUUUCGAACAUGGCAAAUGGUGGACGGAAAAGUCUGCAUACAAGCCAAGUGGCCCAGCAGGCCGGCACUUAUCUCCGGUUUCAGUGGCAUGCAUUGAUUAGGAGUAUUUCUACUCCCCCCUGGAUGGGAUGCUAGUCGUCCUAGUCCAUCGCUGGGUUUGCCGGCACCCAUUUAUACCCCUGCCCUCUGACGGGGGUGGGGAGAGGCAAUGUGAGAGUUCUUUAAGUGUCUUGCC